AUGAAAGAACAGGAGGAGAAUGUGGUGGUGUCUCUCGAAGACAAGCGAGAAAACCAGGAAUCAGAUGCUGAGGUAUUCUCAAGUCAGGCCAGAGAGGAGUAUCCAGUGACCGACCUGAGCAUAGGAGUUGUUGGGUGGGAAAGUCAGGAAGACCCUUCGAAUCCGAGGAAUUAUCCAGCAUCUCGAAAGUGGUUCCUGCUUGCUUUGAUUAGCAUGAUCACACUAGUUAGCCCGUUCGCCUCUUCUGUCUUUGCCUCAGCUGCAGUGUUUGCUGGAGAAGAAUUCGGGAAUACAUCCUCGAUCGAACAGACCUUUUCUGUGACGGGCUACCUAUUUGGCUAUAUCGCCGGACCUCUUCUAUUCUCUCCGUUGAGCGAGAUGUUCGGCCGUACGAUCGUUCUCAACAUUGCAACAACCUGCUUUGUUCUGUUCCAAAUUGGCUGCGCGCUUGCCCCAUCCAUUCGAGCAUUGAUCGGCUUCAGACUCUUGACGGGCAUUGGUGGCUCAGCAUGUCUUGCUACAGGCGGCGGGGUCGUUUCCGAUCUGUUCGUUGCUGAAGAGCGAGGCCUUGCCAUGUCGAUUUAUCAGGCCGGUCCAUUGUUCGGACCUGUCCUCGGGCCCAUCUGCGGGGGAUUUAUUGCCGAAGGAGCCGGAUGGCGAUGGGUCUUCUGGGUUCUCGUCAUUGCCGGUGGGGCGUUGACCUCCCUUGCCGUGAUCUUCAAUCGCGAGACAAACCCCACGGUUCUCAUCCGCCGCAAGACCGCAAGGCUGCAAAAAACGCUCGGCCGAUCCGAUCUGCGGAGCUGUUUCGAUGUGCAGGGCGACAAGCUAAAGUUGUCCCUAUCUCGCAGGUUGUCCAUGCCUCUUCAACUACUAUUUCGGUCCCCAAUCGUUUCAAUGAUUGCCGUCUAUAUCGCUGUCGUCUACGGCUGCCUUUAUCUCCUCUUCACCACCAUCACCGAUGUCUUCGAGAGCACAUACCACUGGCGUCUCGACAUCAGCGGGUUGGCCAAUCUCGGCAUCGGGGUGGGCUUCCUUACCGGCCAGCUCGUCUUCGGCCUGCUGAGCGACCGCACGAUCGCGCGGCACAAACGGCGCAACCACGGCAUCUACGAGCCCGAGAUGCGGUUGUCGCUGAGCAUCUACUUUGCGAUCUGCGUGCCUGUCUCCUUCUUCUGGUACGGCUGGUCCGUGGACGCGCAGACGCACUGGAUCGUGCCGAUCGUCGGGCUCUUUCCCUUCGGAUUCGGGAUCGUCGGCAUCUUCGGCACGCUGCAGACGUACAUCAUCGACUCGUAUCCGCGGUAUGCGGCCUCUGGGACCGCGGCCGUGACGGUGACGCGCUCGUUGCUGGGCGCCUUGCUUCCCCUGGCGGGGUCGCCCAUGUAUGCGGCCUUAGGCUAUGGGUGGGGGAACUCCUUGCUGGGGUUCGUUACGUUGGCUUUGCUUCCGUUGCCCAUCGUCUUCGGGCGCGUUGGCAAGGGUCUCAGGCAGCGGUUCGCCGUGGAUGUGUGAUCGUGCGGCAAAGUCAGACCCGCUUGCGGUUUUCGAAAUAGAUAGCACGUUUGUUGG